CCACCACGUAGAAGAUAAACAGCUACUUGUCGUGUAUCGUUAUGGAACCCACAAUGAUUAGAGAGGGCUACUUGGUGAAAAAGGGUACUGUGCUGAACACAUGGAAAGUGUUGUGGGUGGUGUUAGCAGAUGAUGCCAUAGAAUUUUACAAGAAGAAGACAGACAGUAGUCCAAAGGGAAUGAUCCCUCUGAAGGGAGCAGCUCUUACCACCCCGUGUCAGAAUUUCCCUAAAAAAACGUUAGUGUUCAAGGUCAGUACAACUAAGAAACAGGACCAUUUCUUUCAAGCAACCCACCUAGAGGAAAGAGAGCUCUGGAUCAAAGAUAUCAAGAGAGCAAUCUCUUGUUUAGAGAGCGGAAAAAGGUUUGCCAGAAAGUCAACACGAAGAUCCAUUAGACUGCCGGAAAGUGUUAAUCUGAGUGCACUUUAUGUCUUAAUGAAAGAUCAAGACACCGGGGUUAAAGAGCUGAAGGUAGAAAAGGAAAAAAGGCUGUUUAAUCACUGUUUCACAGGAAACACGGUCAUCGAUUGGUUGGUUUCUGAAGGAAAGGCCAGGAACAGAGCCGAGGGCUUGAUGCUGGCCACUGGACUGCUCACUGAGGGUUUUCUGCAGGCGGCUGGAGACCUCUCCAAAGAUGCAGCUGAAAAAGGAGCAGAAUGUGCUUUCGUGGACCAAACUGAUGCUCUUUAUUAUUUUGCAGAUAGUGGGUUCUUCUGUGAAGGUUACUCCAGCGAUGAAGAUGUGAUUGUGAAGGAGGAGUUCAGAGGUGCUAUAGUCAGACAGGGCUGUUUGCUGAAACAGGGCCACCGGCGAAAAAAUUGGAAAGUCAGGAAGUUUAUCCUUAGAGAUGAUCCUGCUUACAUCCACUACUAUGAUCCCACCAAGGGUGAAGAAGAUCCACUAGGGUCCAUUCAUCUGCGUGGGUCAGUCAUUACUGCUGUGGAAUAUGUGCCUGAUGCGAAGAGACAUGAGGUUGAUGGGAAUCUGUUUGAAAUCAUCACUUCUGAUGAGAUACACUACUACCUGCAAGCAGCUACAGCGGAGGAGCGCAAGGAUUGGAUCAAAGCUAUCCAAAGCGUUGCAAAGUCUGGAAAAUAACUACAUUAGAUUCAAGCAAUGAUUCACAUGCAGUUUGUGUUAUGAAGAACAAAAACCAAACCAACUUAUUUGAAUAUUCACAGUAUUUUUUAAAAUUAAAAGGUUAACGUUUAAAAGUUUGUUGACACUGUUAUGACUAUGUUGUAUUUAUAGCUAUAUUUUAAUUGUUUUAUUUUUACCAAAAAUAAAACUCGAUUUGUCUUUCAAGUCUGCACAUAACAGAAGGCCUUCUGACAAUCAUGUGACACAUUCUCAAAAAGAAAAACGGACACCCACACAUAGAGGCAGGAUGUGGGCAGAUGUUUUCUCACAGUUUCCAGUGACUGAUAUUGUAAUGGCAUUGAUCUGGCCAUCCAGAACUGUCAACACAGUGGAAAUCUCCAAUGUCCAGCAAUAUCCUGUUUUUAUUUAAAGUAGUAACACUUCCUGUUUUGCAUCUUGGGUUGGUCUUUUUUAGAAAUGUUGCAACAGUCAGUCUGGAUCAAAAUAAACUUUCUUGGGCCUUGAUGCUCACAAGUUACUCAAGCCAAAGAUCAAAUCUUCUGGGUUCUUUUGUGUGUCUCCCACAGUCCGAAUACAUUAUGAAUUAGGGUAAAUAAAUUACCCUUUGAUGUGUUUUUGUGUUUGUCUGUGAGUUCCCUGCGAUGGACUGGCCAUCUGUCCGGGUCUUUACUGCCUGCGGCCCAUGAUGCUGGGAUAUGCUCUAGCCUUGCAGAGGGGGGAACUUGAAGGAUAGAUGGAAAUCAGAUGUUACCAUAUGAUAACAGCACUAAACAAUGAUAUUUUGUGUACAGUGUGCUGUACACAAUUAAUGUAUGUCCUAUAUUGAAACUUAUUUGAUGUCAAUAAUUAUUUUUCUUUAUUUCUUUUCGUAUCGUGAAAUAUGUUAUUAAAUGCUUAAGUUCAGA